GAGGCGGGGUGGCCGCGUUCUCCUGGUGUCCGUAUCUCCUCACCGCCUCCGCUGCGGGCUGCAGCACCACCCGGGGGGACAACACCGCUGCUCCUCGCUUUUCCUACCUUCCUCCGUGCCUUCCUCCACUCCCUCCAUGCCUUCCCUGCUUGCCUCGCUCCGCCCGUGCCUCCCGUGGCCGAGGGCCGGCCCCGCGCUCCGCCCCGGCCGUGCGGGCGGAGGUGCCGCAUGGCGCCGGCCGGGCCGGGGCCGGUGUCGCAGCGCGGGGCCAUCGGGGGCUACCGAGGGCCGGUGCCACAGCCCGGGGCCCAUCGGGGUUACCGAGGGCCGGUGUUACAGCCCGGGACCCAUCGGGGCUACCGAGGGCCGGUGCCACAGCCCGGGGCCCAUCGGGGUUACCGAGGGCCGGUGUUACAGCCCGGGACCCAUCGGGGCUACCGAGGGCCGGUGCCACAGCCCGGGGCCCAUCGGGGCCGGCCCGCCCUGCCGGUUACAGUGGGUUCCAUUCACCCUUCCGUGUUUACCCCACGAUCGGCAUCUUCCUCAGGCAAACAAGGAUUUAGGCCUGAAGGUGAAGCAGCCACAACCCGGCCUUUUGUUUACGGUUGAAAAGAUGGGGAAUGCUGAAAGCAAUGCCUAUCAGAAUCACCUUUCCAGAUUUCUUCCUGAGGAGCAGUCUGACAUUGAUGGACUAUUCGAUACCUUAUCAGGAUCCAGUGGCUCAUCUGGAGCAAAGAAUGCCAAAGCUGCAAAGAAAACUGUGACUCUGGAAGCACUACAGGCACACACCCGGGAGCCCCUGCCACAGCCAAUGACGGCUCGUUUGUACAAUGGCAUGAAAAGCAUUGACCUGCCUGGCAAAUCAUCCGGGCCCAGUGAACAGAUUGCUAAGGAGCAGUUUGUAAUUUUUAUGUCAAAUCUCUUAAAAGGGAAUGCAGAUGAGAAGAUUAGCAUAAUAAUGAGAAUGAUCGACAAGACGGGAGGGCCUCUGAAGGGCAAACAAAUCCGAGAGUUCACAGAGGAUCUGAUCACGUCUGUCAUCCAUGUACUGAGUUACAGGAAGGAGCUGAAAGGUUGGAGUUUGGAGAACACGAGGGAUUCUUCAAGUGGAGUCAAAGCUUUGGCUUCUGAGCUGCUCUCGGAAUUGAAGCUUCCAGAUGGGACAAAACCCGUGGGUACUCAGCUCCUGGAGGCAAAUUUUGACCAAAGUGUGAUUGGGGAUUGGGUGUACCGAGUUCCCCAGAUCUCAGUUUUCCUCAGUGUUGUCAUCAGGCAAGGUCUCCACGUCCUGCAUUCCCUCCCAGACCAAACCAACGACAUCCUCAACCUGGUUCCUCACUGCAAGGGCAUCAAAGGAAGAGGAGUUGUCAGUCUCUUUGACAUCCCAGCCAUCAUCUACAUCAACUCCCACCUGCCUGCAGAGAUGCAGCACAAGUGGCAGCUUUUAUUUUCCUCCAGGCUCCACGGGGAAAGCUUCUCACAGCUGUGUGCCCACAUAGUGAACAAAGGCCCUUGCCUAGUGAUCAUAAGGGACUUGGAUGGUUUCCUCUUUGGUGGGUUUGCUUCUCACUCCUGGGAGGUGAAGCCACAGUUUCAAGGUGACAACAGAUGCUUUCUGUUUUCUGUUUUCCCCACUCUGGCUGUGUACACAUACACAGGGUACAAUGAGCACUACAUGUAUUUAAACCAUGGCCAGCAGACUAUGCCAAAUGGACUUGGUAUGGGGGGACAGCAUGGCUACUUUGGGCUCUGGAUAGACAGUGACUACGGGAAGGGCCACAGCAAAGCCAAACCUCGCUGCACCACCUACAACAGCCCCCAGCUGUCAGCCAAAGAGGAUUUUACACUGGAUGCCUUGGAAGUUUGGGCAGUGGGAGACACCCCUGAGAGUGCAGGGAGAAAAGGUAAGAAGAGUAUCCUGGAUGUGGAUCCUCAGGCUCAGGCCUUGCUGGAAAUGGCUGGGAAAAGCCGUCAGAGCGAAGGUCUGCGGGAGCCCAUGGAAGAGGAAGAAGGUGAUGAUGAUGAGAACUAAAGGAGCCAUAGUAACAUGUAAAAACUUCACUUUUAUUUGCUUCAAGUGGUGAUUGUUCCUUGGACAAGAUACUUUUUCCUUUUUUUUUUCCCUUGAAUGUACCUAAUUGUCUGGGACAAAGCUUAAGCCUUGUACUUGUGUAAUAUUUAGGUCUAAAGCACUAUUCUGCCUGAAGGGUUUUGUUUGGGGAGGGCAGAAAAAUUACCUGGGGACAAAAUCAUUAGGCAUGGCUGAGCUCCAGCUGAAUAUGAAUCUGCUUUCAUUUCCCAUAGAUCGUGUCUACGCACUGAAUUAAAAGCAGCAGAACUUAUUGACAGUAUGGCUUUCUGUCCUGAAGAAUUGAUAUGUACAUAGUUAUAUAUUUAUAAAGCCUGGUUAAGGCACUGAUUAAAGCUCUUAUACCUCAACUGCACAUAUUUAUUUGCAUGCAAUGAAAUUAGUUAGCAAAGCUUACAAACUAACGUCUUACACUGGUGAACAUAGAAUAGUCCACAUGAUGACAUGUGAAGGGUGCUAUAAAUUUUCAUUGCUUCAGUUAAAGCAUUAAAUUUCAAGCUUUCUAAGUCAGAUUUUCAGUGAUUCCAUGUGAGCUGUAGGAUGUUGCACAACAACAAGUUGUAUAGUACUACACUAUCCCUGGUGCAUCUCACUUCAUCUGUUUCUGCAGAAACUUGCCUGUUGCUUUUUAAACUUAGACCAGAAUCAUUGGAGCCAUAUUUAUCCUACAAAUACCUCCAGCAGAAUUCUCUAGAGAAGGUACAUUCUUUAGAAGCCUCAUGAGUCUGGAGUAAAAGAUCAGGCUGUAAAAAAGGUUGAGUAAGAAGCAGCCAUACUUACUUGAGAACAGGAUCUACAGAUACCUUGUGAAAGAAAUAAAAAUCAGGGUUAUAUCUGUAAAAUGUUUAAAGAAGAUUGCUGUACACUUUAUUUCCACAUAAUGAAUCAUUACUCUUGUGGAAAACUGUAAAAUGCAGUUGUUGGGGUUUGUGCUCUGUUUUGUGACUGUUCACCAGUUUUGUCAGGUCUCUUAUACUCAGGACUUUUUCUUCUUGAAUUAGUUCCCAUCUCUCAGUAAUUAUUCGUUUGACCUUGCUAAUUCUAUGUGUAAUUAACUUGUCAGAAAGAACCCUGAUUUCUACCAGGAGCUGCAAUUUCUAACUCAGCAAUGAGUGUUUGGUUAUCAGCAUCUCUGAUUGUCAGUCUUCCUUCUCCCGAGGAAAAGGACUGUGUCCAGUCCUGGCAUGUCUUCUUUGCAACUUAGAGAAAAACAAUAUAUAAUUUCUGCUCAUGUGGCCUUCCUUAAAAUUCUUUUCCUUGGUGUUUUCUUGUAUGAGAUUUUUUCCCCCACCUGUUUUUCAUAGGGAGCCAGAUUUGAAUAUUCUGAACAAUGUGCACUUGUGCCUUAAAUUAGAUCUCCUUUUAUAAAUUAUAUUAAACAUGAAUUUAGCCUUGAAAGGAGAGCAUGAAGAAAUCACUCCAGCCAGGUAUCCUAGGACUCAACUGUGUGUUUUGUGGAGUACCUGAGCUAAUGCUUGGGGCAUUUACAUGCUGUUUGUUCCAGUACAGAAAGGGCUGUGAAAAUCCUGGGAGAAUUCCUUUUAUGUUGUAUUUGCUUAGAGAAACCAGAUAGUCUUGUAACACACAGAAAAAAAUAAGCAUCAGAACAAUUGCAAUGAUACUUUUGUAUAGUUUUCUUCUCUCUAUAUAUAAAUAAUAUUAAAAAUAUUAAAUUUUACAAUGUAAGGAGUAAUAAGUACAUGGUGUUGUCUGUGAGUGUGGUGACAGCAGCUUUUGUUUGAACAUUCUCAAACUCCCACCGUGAGUCUCAGAGGUCAUUUUCACUGAGCAGUGACUAAGCCUAUUAAACACUCCCAUGUAGGUGGCGUACAGGAUGAGACAGUUGAAUUUCUGCAAUUAAACAUAAAAUAAAUUGCUAGGCUUUAUUUUCCUCCCAUUACAAGACAGAAGCUUGUUUUUGAGAACUGAAACCACCUGCAAGGGUAUAAAAAAAAAAUUUACAAAGCUACUCUCCACCAAAAAUAUUUCAGUGGCCAAGUUUUCUUUGAUUUUUAGUGAGUAUCAGUAUAGCUGUUUCUUUCUAGAUUGUGAAUCCAAAAUAUAAUCCUGUUUGAACUUCUUCUUGUGACGAUCAGCGUAGCAUUGUGACCUCUGAAAUUGUAUUUUUUUGACAAGUUUGUGUCUGAGACUCUUCAUUUGAAGAUGUUAAGCUGGGACAAGAAGAAAACUGACACUGGCACUUCAGCAAAUGUCUCAGUGAAGCAUUAUUUACUAGGACACCACUGAUCCAACCAGCAGAUAGGAUUAUUCCAAAUUGUUCUUUAAAUGUAAAAAAUGGGCUUGGGAAGGACUCAGUUUGUAUUUUAACCUGAAUCUAAUGAUUAAGAAAUCUGAGCUUCAUGCUCAUGCACCUCAAAAUGUCCAGAAAGCUUUUGUCAGCAGUGGGUUUAGCUACGAUCUGAACAGCUCCGUCCCUUUUGUGCAGUUUUGGCACAGCUGCAAAGCCCAACACCCUUGCUCUGUUCUUGACUCAACAGAGAUGUUGAGCCCAACAUCUGUGCUCUGUUCCUGCUCCUGUUCCUCCUUUUUAUUCUCAGGCUCUAUGGAAGCGAGUCCCUUUCCCAUUAAAUCCAUCCACUGCUGAGUGUUGGGUGUGAUCAGCUUUCCCUUCUUCUCCUGUCAGUCACACAGGUACAAAAGGUUGGCACUUCAGCUCCCUGCUCUGUUUGGCAGCUCCCCAGAGUUUCCUUGAAAGUCUUGCUGAGUCAAGCUUGGAUAUCUGGGAAUCCACAAACACUACAGAUUGAAGGAAAAGAAAUGCUUCAAAGCAGGUCUUUUCCACUCUUCUAAUGAAACGUUAAAGGACGUGUCUCAAUCACGAGUCUCACUCAGAUACUUGUCAGUAACAUUUUAAAAUGUAGAUUUUAUUAAUAAAAAUUAUUUUGAUUUAAAUAAAUAAAAUUUCAGUUUAUGCACAAUA